CGCCCGUUGACCGCGGGCGGAGAAGGUGGCCUCUUCCGGCCGGGCCGUGGAGGUAGCUGUGUAAGCUUGAAGGACGUGGAAUUUGUGUUUCUGGCGAGGGAAGCAAGUGCUCGUUCAGUUAUUCCACAAAGGGCACCCCAAAACAAGGCUUCCUGAUCUCUGGCCUACAGUAACCUGCCUUCUGCCAAAGGUUGCAGAUUGAAAUCAUGGCAGGUCCAGAAAACGAUGCCCAGUUCCAGUUCACUGGCAUCAAAAAAUAUUUCAACUCUUACACUCUGACGGGUAGAAUGAAUUGUGUACUGGCCACAUAUGGAGGCAUUGCUCUGAUAGUCUUGUACUUCAAGUUAAGGUCUAAAAAAACACCAGCUGUGAAAGCAACAUAAGUGGAUUUUACAGUGUGUCUUCAUCUGUUAAGUCCCAUGCAUGGAAGAGCUAAUGUCAACUCAUCAUGUAAUACUCAAUUUGUACAAUAAAUUAUGAACCUGGAAAA